CGGCCUUUCUGUCAUCAUGGCGGGACCAGGCGGGGAAGGGAGCGCGGCCGCAGCUGAGCCGGAGGCGGCUCCUCCGCCAAUGCCGGGCCUACAGCUGGUCCAGCAGGGGGCCGAAGCCAGGCUUUACCGCGGCUUGUUCUUGGGCCGGCCAACAAUGAUGAAGCUCCGCUUCCCCAAGCGCUACCGGCACCCAGCGCUGGAAGAACGGUUGAGCCGCAAACGGACAGCGCAAGAGGCCCGCUCGCUACUCCGUUGCCGACGGGCAGGGAUUUCUACACCUGUGGUGUACUUUGUGGAUUACACUGUCAACUGUAUAUAUCUUGAAGAUAUUGUGGGAUCACUUACUGUCCGGGACCAUAUUAUCUCUGUACAGAAAUCCGGAAAGGAUGUCAGCAGCCUUAUAACGGUAGUAGAGAAGAUAGGUGAGGUUUUGGCACGGAUGCAUGAUGAAGAUCUUAUACACGGAGACCUUACAACUUCCAAUAUGCUUUUGCGACCACCAGCAGAAAAAUUGGAGCUGGUACUGAUAGAUUUUGGAUUGAGUUUUAUUUCUGCCCUUCCUGAGGAUAAGGGAGUUGAUUUGUAUGUCUUGGAGAAAGCUUUUCUGAGUACCCAUCCAAACACAGAGGCUCUGUUUGAAGCACUCUUGAAGAAGUACUCAGCUACAUCUAAAAAAUCAGCCCCUGUGAUUAAAAAGCUGGAUGAAGUACGUCUAAGAGGAAGAAAGAGAUCCAUGGUUGGAUAGAAGAACACAGGCAGCAUUCACAGGGAUUUUACUUGUACAC